AUGAGCUCGAACCCUCCUCAGUCGGGCAAUCAAGGACAAAGCACCGCUACUCCCGCCGCUUCGACCCAGCCCGCAUCCUCUACCCCCCUGGCUGCCACCCAGGCGCCAGCCAGAUCUUACGCCAACGCAACUAAGAAGUCCGCGACGGACUCUACCGCCGCACCCGUCACCGUGGGCGGUUCAGCGCAACAUGGGCAGUCGAGCUCCGUAUCUGUGAACGGCAAACCCAUGCAAAAUCAAUCUCAGCAGGCGGCCUCUUCUGGCGUGACUAUUGUCAAUGGAGCUCCCUCUGCUUCGGCCGCUUCCUCCGACCACUCUCGCAAACCAUCUGUGACGAUCACCUCGAGCGGUACCUCCGGCUACAUGCCCAACGGCGGUGGCCCGGCCAGUCGGCCCAACAGUCUUCAGUUCGGAUUCCAGCAGAGUUCUCCCAACAUGGGUGCUCCUGCUGUGCCUGCCUCCAACCAGGCCCAGGCUGGACUUGGUGCCCCUUCGACCAACCCCCGCGUGACGUCUCCUCAGACUUCUCCUUCGCCUAUCCCCCAGCCCGCGUCCAGCGGCGGCCGUCCCCCUCCAUCGACUUACCAGGCGCAGGGAAAUGUGCCGAACUUCGGUAGCUUUGGAGAAUCCGUUGAUGCCAAUAUGCGCUCGAUUCAGGCUUCUCUUGCACACGGUGCCCAGCACUUGCGUCGCGAGUCCUCGCAAUCCACCCACAGCGAUAUGAGUAACCACAUGGGCAACGGCCCCGGACGCUCAGGCUACCAGGGUGGUCGCGGUCGCGGAUACUCUCAGCCCGGCUACCAGGGACAGCAGAUGCCCUACUCUCCUAACCCCGGUUUCCGACAGACCCCCAACCAGCCGCGAGGCGGUCCUAACAUGGGUCCCCAGUUCCAGAAUCAGGGCCGUCCUUUGGCCCCCUACCCGAACUCGCCUCACCAAGCCAACCGCAGCCCUGCGCUGGCCAACGUGAACCCUACCACCCCUCAGAUGAACCAAGUUCCGAUGGCACACCCCCAGAUGCCUCAGCAACCUUACGGUUACGGUCAACACAUGGGCCCCCAAGCUGUGAGAUCCCCCCCUUCUCGUUCUUCCCAGGAUUCGUGGCGUCGUCCCCAAAGGAACCUUAGCAGCUCUUGGAGGCGCAAAGACAACCCUCCAUGCUCACCCGAGUACCCCGUGGAUCUUGCGCCAGAAAGUGGCCAUUUCGAACAGAUUCUAACAAUGGUUAAAUUUCAACAGUCAUUCCCCAACGCAUACGAUCCCAACUACGCUGGUUAUUACAACCCGAAUGGUGGUUACUACAUGGGACCACCGUCGCCCCAGCCGCGUGCUGCUGGCAUGCCCUACAACCCUCAGUACAUGGGGCAGCAAUUCCCCAACCCCAUGCCUCAGGCGACCCCACUCUCGCGUACCCCCUCUCAGGUAUCUACUGAUCGUCCAGGUUCGAGCCUCGGCCACGGACCGGCACCCACUGGUCCUGCUGCCCCCAGCCACACCCACACUGGCAGCCGCGCAUCCAACAGCCCCGCUCCCAAGCCUCACUUCAUCAUUCCUUCAGCCAAGAAGAGCCCGAUUAUCAUCAAGGAUCCUAACAGCGGCUCAGUCAAGACCUUCGAAAAGAACCCCGCGUCCCCUGCUCGGGCCACCCCUUCUCCUGUGAAAUUUACUCCUCCUCCCACAUCCACUCCUCCCCCUCGCACUGCCAGCGCGUCUGAGCACACUCGCACCGAGAGCAAGGCGAACGCCACGAAGACCGACGAGGAGAAGAAGCAGGAAUUGAAGGACGCUGUUCGCCUGAAGAUCCAGCAGGACGAGGCUGCUCAGAAGCAGCGUCUGGCUGAUGAGGCCUCCCGCAAGACCACUGAAGCCGCGUCGACCGAUGCCAAGAAGGAUGAUACUGAGGCUGCCCGGGCUGCAAUUGAAGAUCUCAGCAUCAAGGAUAAGGCCGCUCCUGCCGAGGAGCCCAAGAAGGUGGAGGCUGCUGAAGAAUCCAAGGAGGCUGCUACCCCUGCUGAAGAGCCCAAGAAGGCUCCAGCUCCGGCUCCCGCCCCCGUGGAUGACGAUGAGAUUGACUUUGAUGCCAUCGAGCGUGAAAUGGCCGAGAUUGAAGCCAAGGAGCGCGCCGCUGAGGAAGACUACAACCGCGCAAAGCAGGCUAAGAAGGAAGAAGCUGAGCGCAAGGAGCGCGAGGAACUGGAGAACUACGAGGCGAACAUGAAGAAGGCCGAGGCUGAGGCCGAGGCCCGCGAGAUUGCCCGCGAGAAGGCUCGUGCCGGUGGUGAAGCGGUCCAGGACGAUAGCAAGGACGCGUUUGCCGCGCUCAAGAAGGGUGGAUACGGUGCCACUGAGUCUUCCACUCCUGGUGACAGCGGUGCCGCUACUCCUGUUUCGUCUGACAUGGGCCCGCCAGCCAAGCCUGCCAGUGCUAUUCCCAAGAAGCCCGCUGGCCUCAAGCUUGAUACCCCCAAGCCCACGGAGCCCCAGCAAGCCACCGCAGGCAUGAAGUCUUUGCAGAAUGCGAAGUUCUUGGAAGACCUCACCAAGGUCACUUACCCCGCCUCCAUCACCCCUCCCGAGGCCACUAUGAACGCUGCUGCGCCCGAAGGCCGCAAGUUCCACUACGACCGGAACUUCCUGCUGCAAUUCCAGGCCGCCUUCAAAGAUAAGAUCUCCGUGGACUGGGACGCCCGUCUGCGGGACACCGUUGGUGAUCCCACUGACACUUCUCGUCCCCAGUCUGCCCGCACUCCUAGCGGCAUGGGUAGCCGUGCUGGCUCUCGCAGCGGCCCCAUGAAUACUGCCUUCCCCAUGGGCAACUUCGCAGGCCGACCUGGUCAGUUACCCCCUAUGGGCGGCGGACCUAUGGGCAGCCGCAAUGCAUCCGCCCCCUUCGGAUUCCCACGGGGCGCUGGUGGCAUGGGUCCUAUUGGAAACAUUCGCCAAAACUCCGCCGGUGUUCCUCCUCGUGGCAACUCGAGCAAGGGUCCCCGUACCGACAGCCGACCCAAGAAGCACGGUGGCCGUCAGGACGAGGCGGCAAACAAGUCGAUGCCUCUUACCGCUGGCAUGGAGCUGAAGGCAAUUCAAACCUCCGCGUCUGGCUGGAAACCUCGCAGUGUUGGACAGGCCGCUGGUGCUGGUCCCGCUCCUGGUGGUGAGGCCUACUUGGCACCGGAUGUCGUGCAGCGCAAGGUCAAGGCUGCUCUUAACAAGAUGACCCCAGAGAACUUCGACCGUAUCUCUGGUCAGAUCCUCGCGAUUGUCAUCCAACUCACAUUCGAAAAGGCUACUGAUGAGGCUCACUGGGCCCCUAUGUACGCCAAGUUCUGUAAGAGCAUGCUGGAGAGCAUGAGUCCAGAAAUCAAGGAUGAGAACAUUCGUGACAGAAAUGGCACCGUUGUUGCUGGUGGCAGUCUGUUCCGCAAGUACCUGCUGAACCGCUGCCAAGAAGAGUUCGAGCGUGGCUGGAAAACUAACCUGCCUGCUAAGCCCGAGGGCACUACUGAAGAGAUUGCAAUGAUGUCUGACGAGUACUACAUCGCUGCCGCCGCUAAGCGUCGUGGUCUUGGUCUCGUCAAGUUCAUUGGUGAACUGUACAAGCUUGGCAUGCUUACAGAGCGUAUCAUGCACGAGUGUGUUAAGAAACUUGUCGACUACGAGGGUGUCCCCGAUGAAGCCGAGGUCGAGAGUUUGACCAGUCUGCUGCGCACCAUCGGUGCCAGUCUCGAUGCCUCUGAGAAGGGACCUGCCAUGAUGGACGCCUACUUCGCUCGCAUCCACAUGAUGAUGGAGACACCUAACUUGCCCAGUCGUCUUCGUUUCAUGCUUCUAGAUAUUAUUGAUCUGCGUGCCGCACGCUGGAACUCGAAGGAUGCCGAUAAGGGUCCUCAAACCAUCGUUGAGAUUCGCGAGGCUGCUGCCCGUGCUGCCCAAGCAGCUGAAGCUGAGCGUCAGCGCCAAUCCAGCAACCGCGGAGGCGGUGGCCGCAUUCCCAUGGGUCGCGGUGACGCCCGCGGCUUCGGAUACGGAAACCAGCCCCCUCCUCCCGAUUACGCCUCUAGCAAGGUUGGCAGUGAUGAUCUCCGCCGUCUUCGUGCGACUCGCAACACCAACCAGCCCAUGUCAUUCGGUCCGUCUAGCCUUCUCGGCUCCCGCACCAACAGCGGCCGCAAGAACCUCGGUCCCGGCGGUAGCCUAGUCCGUGGUAGUGAUGACAGCGCUUCCAGCAGCCGCACCGGCACUCCUACCGGCAGCAAGAAGGAAGACAACUCUUCAAUGAAUGCUUUCAGCGCGCUUGCUGCCCUUGAAGAUCGGGAUAACUUGGCCACCUCGCCGCCGUCAAACCCCACUUCCCCGAUGCUCACCAAGUCGCAGCCCGCAGCGGCGGAGCGUCGUCCCUCAAAAACCCCGUCUGUCAAGGACGGCGAAGCCCCAGCAUAG